UGUAGCAAGGAGGGGCAAUGCAAGGGAGUUGCAGUGGAACUAGGAAGUGCCCAGGAGGGGAGCUCUGGAGUGGUGGUGGAUAUUGCAAUAGCAGCUAAUUGCCAAACCCCCUUGCAUCUGACAUCAGGUGCAGUGGGCAUGGCUUGGGGCAUGUGCACAUGAAGGAAAAAUGGCCGGGGCCCUGGCUGCACUUUGUCCCCCGGCUGCCUGUAAGCUCACUACACCACUGUUUAGGAGAUAAAAUAAACCAUAUUUUUACAUUUUUCUUACUAGUAGCAAAUAUAAGAAAAACUGACAUUUUGUUUGUUGUGAAAUGAAGAAAACUUUCCACUGAAGUCUGAUUAGUAACCAUGUGCAAAAUUUAAUGUUAGUUUGCUCCAAAAUUAAAAAUCUGGUCAGAUCCCCAAGGCAAGAGAUAAAGACAGAUUGUUCUCUGCCUUUCAGAACAUUAUUAAUAAUAAUAUAGCAUCUUCUUUGUGUUUUCACCAUCAUUUAAGCAAGAGCCAUGGCCUUGCCAUGAGGAAGCCUCAGGCUAACACCAUAAUUUUUACCUUCCCAAACAAGCAAAACCCAUGCACAUGAAGCUCUGCACAAACAAAGGGGAUUCCUCUAGGCUACUGAGGCCUUUCCUCCACUCCCUCUGCCACCUCUCAGCAAUGUCAUGAAUGUGUGACUCAAGUAAAAGCUGGGGAUCUGCACUUGUGCAUGUGUGUGGGGGGGGGGGUUGCCAAAUCCAACUUUGCUGGGGUGCCAAAAAAUGUAGACCUUGCUCUGUAUCCGGUGGCCCACCCCUUUCCAUGCCCUUGGUGCUCAACCUAUUUGUACUUCUUUGCAGAAGUAAUUUUAUAAUUGCUUCCAUCAUAAAAACAAAGUAAUCUUAGGUAGAUUUAAAGCGAAAUGGAAAGGUUGUGCCAUUGAGUCGGUGUCGACUCCUGGCGACCACAGAGCCAAGCAGUUUUCUUGGUAGAAUACAGGAGUGGUUUACCAUUGCCUUCUCUCGCGCAGUAUGAGAUGAUGCCUUUCAGCACCUUCCUAUCUUCUUCUUAUUAUUUAUUAAUAAUUCGAUUUCUAUACUGCCCUUCCAAAAAUGGCUCAGGGUGGUUUACACAGAGAAAUAAUAAAUAAAUAAGAUGGAUCCCUGUCCCCAAAGGGCUCACAUUCUAAAAAGAAACAUAAGAUAGACCCCAGAUACAGUCACUGGAAGUACUGUGCUGGGGGUGGAUAGGACCAGUUACUCUCCCCCUGCUAAAUAAAGAAAAUCACCACAGUGAAAGGUGCCUCUUUGCCCAGUUAGCAGGGGCUCAUACAACUGGGCAGUUAGCAGGGGCCCAGUUAGCAGUGAUAGGGCCCUAUAUCACUGAUGCCCGACUGGGAUUUUAUUCAGAACUCUAUUUUCUUCUCCAUUCCCUCCUUUUCUUUCUGACUCCAGCCCCCACACUCUCUACAGGAUCCCCACAGGGAUAAACCUAUAAUUAACAAAGCAUAAAAGAUUGCAAGAUAGCAUACAGCAAGUAGUAGCCAGUGUGUUGGGCUGGAGAGGGGCAUGCAUUGCAUUUUGCCAAGCGCACAGGGCUGAGCACUUAACAUUGAACCCAGAAAGGGGGGGCAGAAGAGGCCACAGCAGAAAUUAGGAAUACCCCUUUAUGUCUCCAGAACCGUGCAUCCACAGAUGGAGGAAAGAUCAUAGCUUAAAUUUAAUUUAUAGACAUCCAGUGGGGAACAGCAUAGAUAAUGACAAGAGAUUUGUGUGAGUAAAUGCAGUUUUCACAUACUUAGAUUUUUUUAAUCAUUGCAAGUAUCCAUUUGUUCUGAACCUUCAGUUUUAUUUAGAUUACAACAUCUCUCUUUAGAGAUGGAAAUGGAUGAGAGAGGAAUUCAGCCUCAACCUUGUCGUGUGAUAUAUUUUUAUCGAGAGCAGCGGGAGAAUUCCUGAAAUAUCUGAAGUCAUCAAAGGUCACCAUGAAGUUUACACAAGGGGUGAACUUUGCAGUGCUCCAUUUAUGUUUCAUAUGUGGAUAUUCAAACAAAAGUUUACUUUAUUUACUGGGAACUUCAGGAAACAUGGAGGUUAAGUCAAUAAUGUUCCUGGCAGUCUUAACAAAUUAAUGUAUUUAGCAGGUAUGAGAAGAUUGUUUAUUAAUGUUCUUCAAAUGCAUUCAGAAUAGCUGCACUUUAGAGCAUGAUUAGUGUUUUUAUAACUUUGUGACCAAUCAAGAGUCUCAAAAUUGGGAGGCAGGGGGAUCUACCAUGGAAUCUUUUGUAUGCAUCUCAGCUUGUGGUAGGAUACAUCCUUAUGUUUGUUUAUUAUAAUUACUAUUUGUAACUAUAGACUAAGAGGGAAAUCAGUAACUGAGCCCAGCCACCUUAUUAGUCUUUAGUAUUUCAUCAAAGCUGUCUAGAGAUAAGUUACCAAGCUUCUCUACAGAGAACUGAACACAGCUGAGACUGAAGCUCUUUCUGGACACACAAAGGUUUUUUUUUCCUUGCUCUGUUGCAUACAAAGAUCUCACUCUAUCAGGAAGUCAUGUAGAGACCUGCUUUCCAUCAGUUGUACUAGUGUGAGAGAAGGAAGUAUUAAUUUUGCAUUAGGGUUUGUUUAGAUCGUAUUUCUGUUUGGGUUCUUUACUCAGAAGCCUAGUACAGUACAGCGCUACUUAGCUUAUACUGAGUCAGACUAUUGGUCCACCUGGGUCAGAAUUGUCUACAUUAACUGGAAGGACCUCUCUAGUCAGGUGUCUUCCACAGCCCAACCUAAAGAUGCCAGGGAACUGAAUUUUUCAUGCAAAGCAUGUGCUCUGCCACUGAGCUAUGGCCCGGUAUGCCACGUUUCCUCACUUUUCCAUUGCAUUGUCUGGCUCUGAACUUGGACAAGAUUAAACUUGUCAAGCCAAACAACUGUGUUCUGUCUUAGGGCCCCUGAUCCUUACAAUGACGAAGUGUAGGAAAUGUAUAUAAUCCAUUUAUAUCGCAUGCUUUCUACUUUUCUAAGCAUUGAAAAGGCCCAGGGCAGCGCUACCAAGUUUUGUUUUCCUUUUGAAUGAGACUACAGCAGAAUCUUAAGGUACCUUUUAUAAUUACCGUUUUAUUUACAAACAUGCAAGCAGAGCAUAUGUGGAAGCAAAGAGGUGCUCCUGAAAGGUAGCUUAUCUGCUGCCCCACACCAGAUGCUCAGAUAGAGGUUUUGUAGUGCCUUCAUCCAAUUCAGAAUGCACUUUCUCUCUUUCAAACUGCUAACUGUAGCAAUAUUAAAAGACAGACUACUUCAAGUACAUGUUCCAGGAGGAAUCAUGAAGAAGUUAAGGGCAACUCACACACCCUGCCUAGCUGGAGACAAGGAAAGAAAAAUAUUAUUAUUUAUUAUUAUUAGGGUACUAAACCUCUUGAAUUCUGGAAUUCACAAGGACCUUUAGUAUAAUCUAAGCUAGCCUUCUGCCACUGCAAAUUCACUCCCACCCAAUAAAUGUACAGUGCCAAAAAGCAUUCAAUCCAAAAAUGUGCCUGGGUGUGAGGUUACUGUGGUGUUCAGCACUUGCCCCUGCAUCCCCAGCAGAAAGUCAACUAGACUUGAAGUAAACACCAUGUGGCUGGAAGUGAUAAGGGACCAUCCACAAGGGACGUAGCAACUGAACGCACACACCUGACCAGUGUUCCCUCUACUCUUUCAUCUCUGUGCAGAAUGAGUUUUCUUCUGGGUGGCAGUAUCAAGGCAGUGUCUGCACACAUGCACUCAGAAUAGGGCCUUCCUGAUUCAACCAGAGCAGGAUCUAAAAUUAACUGAGUGGACAUUUUAAAACUUGUGAGCACCCACACAUGUGCACAUCUUAGAGGGAACGCUGCCCCUGACCCAUAUGAAAUCCAAUGAGGGAUGGAUGAGCAGGGAGAGGGGAGGUGGUUUCUUGACAGUUUAUGCAUUACGUAGCAAUUUGAUUGGGCCUAUUGAAAGUCCAUAGAGGUCAAAUGAUACCAGGCUGGUUCUUUGAAUUACUGGAUGCCAGCAUGGGGCUACUUCCUUCUCUUCCUUCAAGAAUCAUGCAUUUGCUCCUAUUGUUACCUUUGCUUCUAUCUUCUCUGCCAUUAGCCCUGGCACUUUCUUCCCUUCCCCCUGUCGAAAUUUAGAUUGCAAGCUCCUUGGGACAGGGAUCUAUCUCUUUUGCUUGCUUUGCUGUGAAUUCUUCAUAUACAGUGGGCUGUAUUCUAAAAAUUUCCUUUUGUGAAAGAGAGUCUGCCUAUGAGGAGAAUGAAGGCUGCCCCUUCCCUCUGCAGCCCCUAGCACCCCCCCCCAUCAGGUCCCCCUGACGUUCCCCCAACCCUCAGAAGUAGAUUAGGGGGCACAGAAGGACUACAAAGGGAUCUGCAAACAUCUUGUGCAAACAGAACUGAGCCAUUUUGGAGGGGCGGUAUAUAAAUCAAAUCAAAUCAAUAAAUAAACUUUCAUGAAUGAAGAAAUUCUAAGAACUAGCCGACCUGCACAGAGCAUCUGCGCGCUCUUUGGGGCCUGCUGUUCCCCCCUCCUGCCCCACUCUCUCUUAACCCCCUCCCCCUCCCCUUCUGCCCCACUCUCUUGCCCCACUCCCCCUCCCUCCUGCCCCACUCUCUUGCCCCCCUACACUCCGUCCUGUCCCACUCUCUCUUGCCCCCCUCCCCCUCCUUCCUGCCACAGCCAGGUCCUCCUUACCGGGGCGGUGGCAGGCCAAAAAGGGCCCCACCGCAGCCAUUCCUCCUCUUGGGCGGCGAACUGGGAAGUCCCGCCACCCAUUUCCCUCCCACCCCAGCCUCCAACGGGUGCUGGGGCUGUGCCCCGCCACCCGUUACCUCUCGCCAGUGCCUCCUCUCCCCUCGCCUGGGACUGGCCAUCCUGCCAUGCCUCCUGCUCCCAGUGGCCAGGCCUGGCCAGGCCGCUGCCACGGCCUCUUCCAUACCUGGAACGGCCUGACCAGUCCAGGCCAUCCCGCUGUCUCUCGCCAGGUCGGGCCACCACCUCUGCCUCCCGCCAGGUCAGGCCACCACUGCCUCCACCUCCAAGCGGCCAGCUGAGGCCACCUCCUCUGGCUGUUUUGCAGCCCACCGACACCGCCAUUUUUUCUUUCCCCUCAACUCUUGCCCAAGGCCGGAACUCUUGCAAUGUGUCGCAAGAGUUCCGCCGCCAAAUUCAGGACACGCAUGCCGGCUAAGAGAAUUAAUUAUAUGGAAGAUACUAGAAGUAGAUGGUUGCUAUAUAAAUAAUAAUGUUUUUAAAAAUCAAGGUUAGAAAGCAAUUAAAGAAUCCACUAAGUAAUGUCCACAGACCCAAAUCAUAAGCAUAGGUCAACUGACUUGAGGUGGGGGGUUGGUGUCAUUAAGUAGUGUUUGAAUUACCCAGGUGCAGCCUGAGCCUGCAGAUGCUUACUGAGAAGCAAGUGCCUCUGAGUUCAAGAGGGCUCCCACAUAACUGUGCAUAAGAUUUCAAACUUAGAUUAGGAAAACCCUACACGUUGGUUAAACCAGAGGUGCACCCUAGGUAAUUUUGAAGCCUGGACCUAAAGGCCUUUGGAUCCCGCCCCCCUUCAAGUUAAGCAUCAUUUUUUAACAUGUAGGUUCUUGAGGGCACAAACUACAACACCCAGGACAGACUACGGAUGAUUUGUGGGGCCCCAGGGGGCAUGGAGGCCCUGGACUCCAGCCCCAAAGUCUAGGGGUAAGAGUGCCUCUGAGUGAAAUCAAAUCCAAAUGGUCAUGCAUGGAAGCGAAUUUCUCAGCAUUUGUUUGCAAGCAUAGUUUGCAAAUUGGAUCAGCCUUUUACUAUACUCUUCAUUUUAUCCACAACAACAUGAUGCUUUUGUACUGGAACUAGAAGACUAGAACUGAUUCUGUAAAUGUUUAAAAUUGGGGAAAGUGCUUGAAUAGGAAAGCACCAACCCAGGAAAAUCACAUACAGUAUGCUAGAAAGCCUAUUAAAUAUGCUUUAAUUGUUUGGUCAAAUAUGCCUAUCAUCACAAAAGAGCCAUUGAUGUCACAGAGCAAGAAAGUUAUUUUAUUUGUGUGCAAUGUUUAUUUUAAAAUGACAAGUUUGAGAUCCCUUUGAAACACUUCUUUUUCUUUCUGUGUUUUUAAAGGAUUUUUGUAUGAUCCAUGGAACCCUAUCUUAAUCUUAUUUUUUCCUAGCUUUAAAAAAAAAAAAGACAUAGUGGAGGUGGAUUCCUAAGUCGUCUGAAGAAACCCAAACUUUGUCUGGUUCAGCAGCUUCAGUCAAUGUCAGGACGAAAAAUGGAAUGCUUUUCACAUGAUUACCUUCGCUAGCUAGCCAGUAGGUGGGUGUGUUGAACAGAAGAAAGCAGGAGGAAGGAGCCUGUCAGCCUGCCUCUCUGGCUAAUUAGCUCAGCCUACAACAAAGAUAAGCGAGCCAGGGAGGAGGACCCCCUGAAGGGUCUUUUGAAUCUGGGCAAUGUCUGAUUGGCAGAUGUUGAAAGAGAUUCUUUGGUAAUCCAGUUCAUCAAUGAAGUGCAUACAUUCAGUACAGGACUGGAAGUAUUCAGGCAUGUGGACACUUUGUGGAUGCAGUCUGGAGAAAAGCAGACCAAGAUGGACAGAACCUUGGAAUCUCUACAACAUAUAAUUUCCCAAGUCCUGCCUCACAGAGACCCUGCACUUGCAUUUAAAGACUUGAAUGUUGUGGCAAUGCUUCAGGAAUUCUGGGAGAGCAAACAGAAACAGAAAGGUGUAUUUUCAAGUGAAGGAACAGUUGUGUAUGAGUCACUAAACUCACCUGGACCUCCCUUUGUGAGUUAUGUCACCCUACCUGGAGGAAGCUGCUUUGGUAACUUUCAGUGCUGCUUGAGCAGGGCAGAAGCGAGGCGAGAUGCAGCCAAAGUGGCACUGAUCAAUUCUCUCUUCAAUGAAUUGCCUUGUCGCAGGAUCACAAAGGAAUUCAUUAUGGAGAGUGUCCAGGAAGCGGUUUCUUCAACCAGCGGUACAUUAAAUGAUGCGGACGACCCAAGCACAAGUAUUGGAGCCUAUCAUUAUAUGCUGGAAUCAAACAUGGGGAAAACAAUGCUGGAGUUUCAGGAACUGAUGAUAGUCUUUCAGCUGCUCCACUGGAAUGGAAGCCUCAAAGCCCUACGUGAAACAAAGUGCUCUCGGCAAGAAGUGAUUUCCUACUAUUCCCAAUACAGUUUAGAUGAAAGGAUGAGAAGUCACAUGGCACUGGACUGGCUUAUGAAGGAGCAAGAAACUCCAGGUAUUAUUUCACAAGAGCUACAAGUGGCACUUAGAGAGCUGGAAGAAACUAGGAAAGCUGGACAAGAGCUGCGGUUUUACAAAGAAAAAAAAGAAAUCCUGGGUUUAGCGCUGAGUCAGCUGUACUGCGAUCAUGCCACCAUCUCUUCAAAUGACGAUCAUCUAAGCCUAGCCCUAAGGGAUUAUCGCUAGGGCAACCUAGAGCCUCUAUGGCCAUUACAUGGGCAGGUGAGACUGAGCUGCCGGAUGCAAAGUCUUGAUAAUUGAGUUCAAAAUGAAGUAACAGUGUAAUGUACAAAGCAGGAAAUCUCAAAUUUUCUCAAGUUGAGAAGCACGAAUCACAGGUACAUGUGGAGUCCACGGAUCUCAUACACAUGUUCACAGAAAGCACAUGAUGCUUUCUUUUUCACUGCUUGGAAAAUGCCUAAAUCUAUCAUUAUACAAUGUGAAAUGCAAUCCCAAUAAGAGAGGAUUUAAAAUAUUUUUAAAAUAGUUAUAGCAUAGGUUUAUAACUCCUUUAAUAACAGCAAUGUUCAUUUAAUAGCUAAGACAACGUCUUUAUAUAACCUAACUAAGGUCAACAGAAUUGUGUACUGAACUGAAUUCAUUCGUAUGGAAGUUGUAUGUGAAUAAGGAGGCAUCUCUGCAAUAAGCAAAAACUGCCAGUUGAUAUUUUUCAUCAUUAUUCCAACUAUAGAUCAAAGAGGAACCAAUUUUCUUUCAAUCAUAAGUGCAGUAAAAGCAGUGAUAUGAAACCAGAUAGCGAUUAGUUAUUCUUGAAAAACAGUUAAGAUGGACACUUUCUUCUGGAAGAAAAAGUCACUUGACUUCAGACAAAUAGAACAUAAACCUAUCUGUAGCAAGAACUAUAUAGAGAUAUUUUUUCUUCUUUAAAAGAAAAUUAGCUAGAAAUUAUUUACUGAGUUAGGUAAAGCUAGGUAAACCUCCACCUAAUUACCUAGCAUAGGAAGCUAUAUACCAAGGCUGGGUUUUUUCUUUCCCUUCUUCAAAGCGAAACAAAUUGCCAUUUUAAUUAUGCUCCAAGGUUCACGCAUUUGGUUUGCUCAUCUUGUUCUUUUGUUUGUUUGUUUCCACAUCAAAUGAGAUCAAGAAACUAAAAACUUCGAUCAGCAUCUAGAACUGACUGUGCCAAUAAUCACAAUAACCCAAUACAAAAGCACAUGCUAAAAGCAAAUCAGUGUUUGAAAUUAAACAUGUCAACAAAUUUACCAGCACAAUGCCCAAACUCAUCCUGGUAGAGUCGGACUACUACUCAAGUAUCACAAACAAAUACACAAUGUAUGGAUUACUAGGAUCAGGAUGUUAAUUCUCACAUUGUUUCUGAAUUUAUUUCUGAGGAAAAUCUAGGAUUUCUGAGGAACACCAAGAAGCCCUUAAGUGACAGCUGAAAUUCAUUUGGUUCAUGUAUUAAUCUCAACCUAGUAAAGUGCUAGGCUAACUUUCAAGUUGCUGACUUGAAUUGUGCCAAUAAUGCCAUGAAAACCUAAGAAAGAAACCUGCCUGGUAUUGUUCUAUUAGAAUUUUUAGGGCAAGAUUGAACAAAACAGUCUCUUUCACAUCAAGGCAAACUUCCCUCCCAUUUUUGUGGGAAAGCACUAACUGAUAGCUUGAUAUGGGCUACUCAAAGUAUUCAAUGCAAGCAAAGGGCCAUGAUCCACCAGGAUGCUUUUCUGUGGGAGCCAAACCUUCUGAAAUGAAUGGAAGCUGUGCAGCAAUAUUUCAGUGUGGUGUACAUGAAAGAACUUCUUGUUGAACUACAGGUGGCUCUCAUUAUCUGCAGGGCUUCCAUUCUAGCUUUCAAACACUCAUAACAAAAUAGCAGAUAACGAGACCAUGAAUGAAUGGGAACUGGAGGGGGUUUAGGUUCCUAGAGGUCAGAAAAGGGAUUUUUAAAAGGCAGAAAUAAGAGCAACAAAGCAACAUACCAUGUUUUUCAUGUGUCCAGCUGCCCAGCAAUGCCCCCGCCCCACAAACCCCCAAUUCCACUGAUUUUCUGUGAAAAAUCAUAAGGAAUUUUUUUUUAAAGAGAGCCACAAAAUGGCUCAGUUCAGCAAAAUGGUGACCAGAAAUGACCUUGGAGGUCAUUUCCAACCACCUAGGAACCAUGGAUAGGUGAUUUUCAGCUUUUUUAGAUAACGAGGACGGGUGUACAUGGCCCGACCGCAGUUUCAUGUGAAACUGCAGGUGCCAGGGCUGUGGAUAAUGAGGAUCACCUUUAUCUCCAAAGUAACUAUAACGAUGGUGUUCCAUUUUUUAGCAUGGUGAAGUAAAUCAUAAUGGGUACUGAGUGCUCUUAAUUGUGUGUAUUAACAGCCUAAUAACCCUGUUUUCCCAGUUCCCAUAUCCUAAUGUUUGAACAGCAAAAUGCCAUCAAAGGACAAUUCAUCACGUCAACUGGAAUUGGUGUGAACACCACAAUUAUGCUGGGUAAACUUAAUGGGUUGCUUUAUUUCCAACAUUCCGUUAUCAGAACCCUCUGAUAACAAAAAAUGCAAUUCCUCUGCUGAAGUGGAGCAGGUUGAGUCUGGAAACUGUGUUGAUGCUUGGGAACUACAGAUCACUGAACUCUCUGGAAGAAGUGAAAUAUGAAUGUAAUAAAGUAACUU